GAUGCUCGUUUCCGCCGUCUGGCUUGCCCCCAGGUGGAAAAGCAGCAGAAUGUAACGGUGCUCGUGACGGGCUGCCCCUCACAUCUUCACGGCCACCGCCAGCCCUUCCUCCCCGCUUUACGGACGGCGGGGGUGACUCGGGUGUUUUCGGGGGAUGGGUGUUGCACGGGCGCUCGGCAGAGGCGACUAACGUUUGAAAAGAUGUCCAACAUCCUCGACGCGGCGUCCAGGGUGAGAUGGGACCGCGCGGCGGCGGCCAAGCGGCUCGUGUGCCUGGCGGCGGCCGCCUACGGCGUCAAAACGCUGUACCCCCUGAUCUGGAGGCAGCUCUGCGGGAGCAAGAAGCCGAGCGGCGGGCGCGGGGCCUCGGCGGCGGAAAACGGCUCCGCGUGUUCCGGGAAAGCCCAGAUAGACGCCGCGGACGACAGGAAAGCAUCCCCGGGGGUGAAUGCGGACUUCCUCCGGCAGAUCCUGGAGCUCGGUCACAUCCUCUUCCCCAAGCUGGUCUCGAGGGAGCUCGGCUUGCUGUGCCUGCACUCCGUGGCGCUGGUGUCCAGGACCUUCCUGUCCAUCUACGUGGCCAGCCUGGACGGCAAGAUCGUGAAGACGAUCGUGGAGAAGAAGCCGCGGCACUUCAUCAUGCAGCUGAUGAAAUGGCUCCUCAUCGCCAUCCCGGCCACGUUCGUCAACAGCGCCAUCCGGUACCUGGAGUGCAAGCUGGCGCUGGCCUUCCGCACCCGGCUGGUGAGCCACGCGUACCGGACCUACUUCACCGACCAGACCUACUACAAGGUCAGCAACAUGGACGGCCGGCUCGCCAACCCGGACCAGUCCCUCACCGAGGACGUGAUGAUGUUCUCCCAGUCGGUGGCCCACCUGUACUCCAACCUCACCAAGCCCAUCCUGGACGUGGUGCUGACCUCCUACACGCUCAUCCAGACGGCCAGGGCGAGGGGGGCCAACGCCAGCGGGCCGACCCUGCUGGCCGGCCUCGUGGUCUUCGCCACGGCCAAGGUGCUGCGCGCGUGCUCCCCGCGCUUCGGCAAGCUGGUGGCGGAGGAGGCCCACCGGAAGGGCUACCUGCGCUAUGUGCACUCCAGGAUCAUCGCCAACGCGGAGGAGAUAGCCUUCUACAGAGGCCACAAGGUGGAGAUGUGUCAGCUGCAGAAGUGCUACCAGGCCCUGGCCGACCAGAUGAGGCUGAUCCUGUCCAAGCGCCUCUGGUACAUCAUGAUCGAGCAGUUCCUCAUGAAGUACGUGUGGAGCGGCUGCGGCCUCGUCAUGGUGGCCGUGCCGAUCAUAACAGCCACCGGCUUCGCCGACAACCAGACGGCGGACGGACAGGCGCAGGUGAUGGUGAGCGAGAGGACGGAGGCGUUCACCACCGCCCGCAACCUCCUGGCCUCCGGAGCCGACGCCAUCGAGAGGAUCAUGUCCUCCUAUAAAGAGGUCACAGAGCUGGCAGGCUACACUGCCAGGGUCCACAAGAUGUUUGCGGUGUUUGAGGACGUCCAGAAGGGGAUCUACAAGCGCUCCUCUCUCUCUGCCACCGCAGGAACAGCGCUGAAGAGCAAACCCGAGAUGCACAUAGACGGGCCGCUGGAGAUAAAAGGCGAGGUGAUCGACGUGGACAAAGGCAUCGUGUGCGAGAACGUCCCAAUCAUCACACCCAACGGCGACGUCGUGGUGUCCUGCCUAAACCUAAAGGUGGAAGAGGGCAUGCACCUGCUGAUCACGGGCCCGAACGGCUGCGGGAAGAGCUCUCUGUUCCGGAUCCUCAGCGGACUGUGGCCCGUCUACGGCGGCCGCCUGCACAAGCCUUCCCCCGAGCACAUGUUUUACAUCCCCCAGAGGCCGUACAUGUCACUGGGGUCACUGCGAGACCAGGUGAUCUACCCCGACUCGGUGGAGGACAUGGCUGCCAGAGGGCUGACGGACAAGGAGCUGGAGGCCAUCCUGGACAUCGUCAACCUAAACCAUAUCGUCACCAGAGAGGGAGGCUGGGAUGCUGAGCUGGACUGGAAGGACGUUCUGUCUGGAGGCGAGAAGCAGAGGAUGGGCAUGGCUCGCAUGUUCUACCACAAGCCUAAAUAUGCCCUGUUGGAUGAGUGCACCAGUGCAGUGAGCAUUGACGUAGAGGGAAAGAUUUUCCAGGCCGCCAAGGAUGCCGGCAUCUCCCUGCUCUCCAUCACCCACCGACCCUCCCUGUGGAAGUACCACACCCACCUGCUGCAGUUCGACGGGGAGGGCGGCUGGCGCUUUGAGCAGCUGGACUCGGCAACGCGCCUCACCCUCACCGAGGAGAAGCAGCGGCUGGAGGCCCAGCUCGCCGGCAUUCCCGAGAUGCAAUGCCGCCUCAACGAGCUCUGCAAAAUCCUGGGGGACGACUCCGUCCUCAAAACCGCGGAGGAGUGAGCGCGGAGGAGAGGGGUAGCGGGCGAGACGGCGGGGAGGGAGGGAGGCGACGAAUGGAAACAAAACCCAGCAGCGUUUUUGCUCCAAGCGAGAGAUUUUAAAGACGGCCCCUCCAUGAGCCCUGCUGUCUCCGCCCUCUUCUAUUCAGUCCUCUGCUCCAGUUUAAGAUGUGAUGGGUGGGUGGGGGGGGGGGGACAAAGCGCACUGACAAGCAUUACUCCCCCCCUCGUCUCGCACACCGACUGUAUAUUCAGUCGUAGGCUUUUAACUGCGGGGUUUUUAGUCAUUCUUACUAGCAAAAGCGACAGAAAUGCUGAGCCCAGAUUAGCUGAAAUGAUUGUUCAGUCUGUGAUCUAAUAGCACUUUACAUUUAGAGGGCUGCCUCUGCCCGUUGGAAUUGUUCAUGCUAAAUCAUGGCAUUAACUGUGUUUUAUUUUUAUUUUUUUUUAACCCAAAGCAGUAUUAGAGCACAGCAGAGAUGCUGUCUUUCUGUUUUUGUUUUUUUUUUUUACCCUCCAGUUCAGCAAACAUUUCAUCAUCACUGAUCAUGAUGAGAGUCAGGCUUCUAUUUUCCACCGCGUCCAUUUUCGCCUUUGGUUCUUAGUCACUUUUCUCCAACCCUUCUUCGACCGGCUAGUAAUCCGUGAUUAGCGACGCACAUCUGGUUCCCAAAGGUUCUGCUUUAUUGGGCAAACACCAAGCGCUAAAGAGAGCAGCGGAGCAGGGGCGAGCAGAUGCUUUGUUGUCCGCCGGUUAGCGCGUACAUUUAGCACACGGUCGAGCCGGCGGCUGCUCUGUGGCUGCAACUAUCGGCCUCCUACAGUAGUCUGUGCAAACCACACGCGUGUCCGCCGGGGUUGCUUCCUUUUCAAGAAGUUUUAGGGCUGCGUGCCUAUAGAUGGCAUUUCUUGCUGAUUCUUCGCUCAAUAUCUCCAGCUCAGUUAGACAGAAUGGAGAGAGCCUGUGGGACGUAAUUUAGCAAUGGUUUGCUAAAGUGGGAACGUUGACUGGACCCUUCUAACAUGGAUAAAUGUUUGAUCUAGGUCAUCCUGUUGUCUCUCUGGCGGUGUGAUUUAGGGCUGUUGUCCAGCUGUUUCUAGCGUCUAGCAGGUUUUCUCGUAGGACUAUCCCGUACUUCGCUGCGUCCACUAUCCCAUCAACCCCGACCAUCUCGCCCGGUCCCACUGAGUCAAUAUGCCCCCUCACCACUAUGGCACCGCCACUGUGAGCACCGUGCGGUUUGUACCACGUAUGGUCUGGCGUGCAGGCCAGAAAGUUCAAAUCAUGCCUCACCGAUUGCAUAACGUGUUCUCUUCGUUCCCCACAUGGGUUGCGGCACGCCAUAGGACCUGACGGCAUUCUCCUUGACGCUUUUUAUCCCUAGAGACCAGAUCUGUUGACUGGUAGCUUACAUCGGGUUGAACACUCAUGAUCUGAUCCUUAAGGCUAUAAAAGUGCUUUUUUUUUAUUACACGCCCUUUACUGGUCUUAAUAACCAGUUGUUUUUAAUGAGCUCUCAUGGCACGUCACGCGGCGUGUCGAGUAGAAAGGCUGUACUUGAAGACGGUUUAGACAUCCUGGAUUGUUGCUUUUUCCCCUGAUAGGAGCAUGUCGUUUGUUUUCCCAGGUCGGAUCAGACGUUGUGAUGCUGUGAAACUACUGAUUUGUGACGUAAACUUCAGUUUACCCACCCGAUCCCUUCUUUUUCUUCAGGGUUUUUAAUUUUUUAAUAUUUUUUUUAUUAUUUGGUUCAAACCUGUGUACGCGCUCGCUACGUCCUGCACGCAUCAAAUCAGGAGCAGUGACUUAUGCCUUAUGAAUAUCAAUAUUCAAGUGAUCCUAAAAUGUUUACCUCAGCACAACAUGUUAAUACCUUAUUGUAUGUAAAUGUUUAAAGAGUUCAAAAUGGCAUCUUUAAGAUGCCAGCCGUUUUACUUUGAAAAUUCGUCGUAUAAUCAUUUUCAAAUGGUUGCCCCACCCCCACCUGUUGCUGCGCUCUUUUGGCAUGCUGGCUCAAAGAAGGCCGCCAGAGUUGUUUCUUGUUCACAAGACAAACACACAUCUGGCUGCCUUAAAAAAAAUCUGUCUUGAAAAACUGCUUUAUUCCUACUACUAGGCCUAGGUAUGAAACCAUAAACUUUUUAGAUCUUAUUAUAAAAUAAAUUCAGUAAUAAUUUAAUUUCAGAUUUUUUUUCCAGCAGCAGGGGAGUAAUUCUGGCUUUUUGGUUUUAAAUAAACAGUUAGUUCAUCACUGAACCUUUUCCUUGGUGAUUCCUGUGUAAAUACAGCGAUGCGGUGAAAUUGUAAGUUUUUUUCUUUUGUUUUUUUACCCGAGGUUAUCGUACUGUGAGAAUCUCCAACCAGCCCAUGCCUAGUCGCAGAGGAUUAAAACUGACAAUCAGACCCUCGUGGGCAGAAUGUAAACAGGUGUGCUGCUGUUUUUAAGACUAAAAAAGAAAAAAAAGAAAAAACCUUCUUUUGAUAUGAAGCGUUUGACCCAGACCUGAUGAGAUUUCCUAUUGAGCAUGAGAUGUAGUUCGUUGCGUUGUCAUGGACGGAGCAGAUCUGUCAAACUUAAAACCUUUCAAUCGUUACUUUUAAGAAACUGCUGAAGGUGGGGUCAGAAUCUUAGACUUUUCCCCACCAAAAAAAAAAAUGGCUACAAAACCUACUAGUUUUAAUAAUGGUCAUGUAACAUAGUAAAACGCAUAGAGAUAACAAAAAAUUCAUUUGGUACGAAUGAAGCACCUUGUAAAAUGGAUUAAUUACUCUUUUUCUUUUAUAAAGCUGGACGUUCUGUUUUCAGCCAGACUUUGUUGACAGGAGGACACGCGAGCCGCUGAAUGACACGGAGUCUGCCGGGUGACACUUGAGCAUGAGGGCAGCUCAAAGUGCUCCUUGCUGUUGCCUCAAGUGACAGUUUUAGUUUUAGUACGAAUCUUCACAUUGACAGCAUGGGAUGCAAAUGAUGAAGCGCCCUCGUCCUCAUACGAUUGUGCCCGUCAUUAGUUUGUGCUCUGUUAGUAGAUUUGUUUUAGAUAAUAUUUGACAUGUGUGAGGUAAUGAUGAAGAUGGUGAUGUGCUUCUUUGCCCCAGUUUUUCCUAAUAAAAAGCCUAAAGCUUGAUACUAAA